AAACGACAUUGUUCAGGUAGGGGUUCCUUUUGUUUUGACUAAACGAUGUCGUUACGCAUCGUACUUCUUCUUCUUCUUCUUGAAAAGACGGAGGACGAAGACGAAUUAGUCGAAGACAGUCUCUUCCUUUGGACUUUGAUUCUUUAAAAAGUUGCUUACUUUGAUUAUUUGGGGUUCUGGGUUCUUCGCACAAUCAACUUUAUAGUCAUUACUCAUUAGUGCUGUCUUUUCAACGUCAGUGAUGAAUAUUUGCUAAACUCAAGGGGUGCAUCAAAGGAUAACUACAAGAGUUAUAGCUCCAAUUGCUAAAUUAGAGUACAAGUAUAUAAGGUCAAUGGAGACUGCUGUUUGCACUCAAACACGAGAGUGUGAUAACAAACUCUCCGAGAAGUGCAAAGAUUUCAAAGUAGCAAAAGCUGAGAUUCUCAAUAUCAUCAAUCUCAGGCCAUCUUCUAUUGUUGAACUGAUGAUGCCGAUCAUAGAGAAGCCCGAUGAUCGGGAGAUCGACUCAGAUUUGCUUCCGCCUCUUCCUACAUCCGAAAGUCAUCAAGAAAAUGACCAAGAGGGGACAGAGAACGGUAACAUGCAACUGCAGUUUUGAGUUGAAAUGUAUUUAGUUGUAAAAGCCGCUUAACUAUAUUGAGAAAUGUGUAUACACUAUUUGUUCUCAUAGGACUGACUCAAAGAAAAUGGUAUUAACGAUGAGAGCCCGAGUGUUGAAAAGAAGUAAAGAUUUGACUGUCCAAAACGAUACAGCUCUGUUACUGGACCUUAUAGCAACCACAAGAUGGGCCAAGAAGAUCAAGCCCAAUCUGAAAUAAAGACAAAGCCCAGAUCUGCAACAUUUUAAAACAGAGCUGCAACGGUCUGAAACAAGUAAAACAAAGACUGCAAAAGCAAAAUCUGUUGUUGUAAGCUCACAAUUUGCAUAUCAUCUCCUCUCUUAUCUUAUAUGUGUUUUUUUUUUAUCGGUUGGUGAUGUCAUCAAUCUCAUUUGGUUAAUUUGAUAGCUACAAUCUCUUGAAAGCUUCUUUGAUUACCUAUGUUUUUGUUAUUAUCCCUAAAAAAGUAAUAAGAAUGAGAAUGAAAAAGUAA